AUGUUGAACGCGUGCGUCGACGACGACGUGCACGUAAAAACACUACCGCGCGUCCUUCUAGAGUGGGCGGCGCAUCACGUCGGGGCUUUCGUCGACGACGACGACUGCGAAGAGCACGUGAUUUGCACCGAUUACGACGGAAAUCAACUCUCCGUGGAUGCGAGACGAGCGAUUCACGAGGAGGCGCGACGGCGACACGUUCGAGCGAAGAGCGUGGACGCGAACGAUGGCUCGCGCGCGGUCGCGUUGACGCGAGAUGGCGUGGAUGAAAACCCCGCAAAGCGAAACAAGGUGUACCGGGACGAAGACGUCGCGGACGAAUGCGAAGACGGUGAGGAAGAGUUUGCGCGCUGGGCGGAAAUGCACGGUUACACCGAUAUGCGGACGACACCUUUCGAUGUAUACGAUGAGCUGAAGAUUUCUAAAGAAAGUACCAAUCCCGCGGGUCGCGCGCGCGCUACGUAUCACACGCAGUCGCUGAAGUGGCAUCCGUCGGAAACGUUGCUGUCGUCGAGCGCAGAUGAGGGCGAGCCUACAUCUCGCGGUUUCUGUGACUCUUGUCAGUGUGUAUUACAAUUCGGUCGAUGGUUUCACGCCCACGUUCGGGGUGAGAGAGGAAGAGACUUUUGCUCGACGUGUGUGAAGUUGUCAAAGCGCGUCACCGGUCGAGAGUACGACAGAAGGUUUGAUGCUGGUCCCCUCGUUAUUAACGAUGAGAGUAUCUUGGUGAAAUCCAUGGAAGAUUUAGAAUCUGAUAGAGAGGCGUACGAAUCGUCACUUGGCAGUGGCGUGACGAAAGCGGUUGUGGCGUGCCAAAAGCUGCAGCGUCUUGGCAUCGCGUUUUCUGUGUUCAAAGACAUCGAUCGCUUUCGGCUGUACAAAGAGUUGGGUUGGGAUGCGCUGGUCAAAUCAGAAAGGCACAGCGAGUCUGACAUAUUCGAUCUAGAUGGGUUCACUGUGUACGAUCGCUUCUUUGCUGGCGAAGACGAGGACGACAGACAGUAUCUCUUGUUAUGUCCGGAAGCUGAAAGUGAUGUUGACACAACCGCAGAUGAAGCGGACGAUGUCGAUGAUGAAGCUGAAGUCGAAAAGUUGCUCGAGAGCGGUCGAGACGAGAUCGCGAGCGCGCCGCGAAAAUCUCGCGAAGAUUUUAACGGCGAAGCGGAGGACGAGUUCCCGCGUCCCCCCAUCGCCGCAGUGCUUGCUGAUCCGCACAUUUCUGUCACGCCUACUCAGGUUGAUGACGACGUAUGGAAAAAUUUGGCAAAGCGUUUAGGUGAUCACACAGAUGUUAAUUAG